AUGUUGACGCCAUUGUCAACCACAUAUACAAAGACUCCGGAACAGGUCUGCCAGCUGUUAUCUGUAGAUCCAAAGAAGGGCCUCUCAAAGUCGGAUGUCGAAACGAGAACCGAGGAAUAUGGAAAGAAUGAACUCCCAUCAGACCCACCUACACCAUUAUGGCAACUCAUCCUAGAACAAUUCCAAGAUCAGCUGGUAUUGAUCUUACUCGGUGCCGCUGUCAUAUCUUUUGUGUUGGCAGCUCUAGAAACCGACGAAAAGGAGAAAUCAACUGCCUUUGUUGAACCUAUCGUUAUUCUCUUGAUCCUGAUUGCCAAUGCUGUUGUUGGGGUCGUUCAGGAGAGUAACGCUGAGAAGGCUAUUGAGGCCCUGAUGGAAUACUCACCAGACGACACAGUGGUCAUCCGUGACAGCGUCCCACAUAAAAUUCACGCAAAAGAUCUAGUCCCCGGUGACAUUGUCUCCCUCUCUGUCGGCGAUAAAGUCCCCGCUGACUGUCGUCUCCUAGUAGUCACCUCCUCGGCCUUCAGAAUAGACCAAGCAAUCCUAACAGGAGAAUCCGUAUCCGUCGAAAAAAUAGCAGAAUACAUUGUAAAAGACACCCGUGCCGUAAGGCAAGACCAAAUCAACAUGCUCUUUUCCGGUACCACAAUCACGAUCGGUAAAGCAACCGCCGUCGUAGUCGCAACGGGUACAUCAACAGCUAUUGGCGACAUUCACAAAUCUAUUAGUUCACAAAUUGAUGAAAAGACACCACUCAAACAAGCACUAGAUGAUUUCGGUGAUCAAUUAGCUAGGAUUAUAUCCAUUAUAUGUAUUCUCGUGUGGAUUAUCAAUGUUAGGCAUUUCAAUGAUGCGGCUUUUAAUGGUAACUGGUUGAAGGGUGCAGUAUACUACUUCAAGAUUGCAGUUGCUUUGGCUGUUGCUGCCAUUCCUGAGGGUCUGGCUGUUGUUAUAACUACCUGUCUGGCUCUGGGUACUAAGAAGAUGGCUGCUCAGGGUGCUAUUGUGAGGAAGUUGAGGAGUGUAGAGACUUUGGGAUGUACGAGUAUUAUUUGUUCUGAUAAGACCGGGACGCUGACUACGAAUCAGAUGAGUGCUCGUAAGAUAAUGCUGGUAGACACCUCAAACCUCGUCGAAUUCGAUGUAGAAGGAACCACCUACGGUCCCGAAGGUCGCGUAUACUACCAGUCAGGCAAACCAUGUGAUCGAGACGUCCUCUCGUCGCAACCUGUACUAAACGAACUAGCACACAUCGCAUGUCUCUGCAACGAUGCCAAAAUCGUAUACGACGAAUCACUCGACCAAUUCCAAAAAGUCGGUGAACCCACUGAGGCCGCCUUACGAGCCCUAGUAGAAAAAUUGGGUACAGAUUCACCUGAUUUUAAUCGUCAAAUCCCUAUUAUAAACACUCCUGUUGAUUUGGGGCGUUUGUCUGGACGUGAGAAAUUGUGGAGGAGUGGACAGGCUUGUGAGUAUGUCGAAUCUAAAUAUCGCAAGACUGCUACGUUAGAGUUUUCGAGAGAGAGGAAGAGUAUGUCUGUUGUUGUUGAGAGGGUUGAUGGUGGUGGUAAGAAAGGGAAAAUUUUGAUGAUUAAGGGAGCUCCUGAGCAGGUUUUGGAGAGGUGCAGUCAUGUUAGGUUGACUUCGAAUUCGGAUAAGGCAGUCCCUCUGAGUGAUUCUUUGAGGGAUAAGAUUUUGAAUAAGAUGGUUGAAUGGGGAGAGAAGGAUGCCCUUCGAGUGCUGGCAUUCGCAAUGGCUGAAAACCCAUCCAUACCAAACAAACUGGAUCCUUCCAUGUAUAUCAAGAUUGAGACCAACCUAACAUUUGUCGGUUUAAUCGGAAUGCUCGAUCCACCACGUCCCGAAGUAAAAUCCUCCAUCAUUAAAUGUCGUGCAGCAGGAAUUCGAGUGAUCUGUAUCACAGGAGAUAACAAGAAGACUGCUGAAUCUAUCUGUCGACAAAUUGGAAUCUUCACUGCCCGAGAAUCCCUCGAAGGCAAAUCAUACACGUCUCGAGAAUGGGAUGAGAUGUCUGUUGAUCAAAAACGAGAGGCUAUUAGACGUGCGUCUCUGUUUUCGAGAGCUGAGCCGAGUCAUAAGACUGAGCUGGUUGAUUUGUUGAAGAAUGAGGGAUGGGUUGUUGCUAUGACUGGUGAUGGAGUUAAUGAUGCACCUGCCCUCAAAAAGGCAGACAUCGGUAUAGCGAUGGGAUCAGGUACCGAUGUAGCCAAAUUAGCGUCAGACAUGGUGUUGGCCGAUGACAACUUCGCCACUAUUGUCGCUGCCGUGGAAGAAGGUCGUUCCAUUUAUGCCAAUACCAAGCAGUUCAUUCGAUAUCUCAUCAGUUCUAAUAUUGGUGAAGUCGUUAGUAUCUUCUUAACAGUCCUUCUCGGAAUGCCUGAAGCCUUGAUUCCAGUCCAGCUGUUAUGGGUUAAUCUAGUUACUGAUGGAUUACCUGCUACUGCACUUGGAUUUAAUCCUGCUGAUCAUGACAUUAUGAGACGACCACCUCGUGAUUCUAAGGAGCCUAUUGUUACUGCAUGGCUGUUUAUCAGGUACAUGGUAGUAGGAACCUACGUCGGAAUGGCGACAGUAUUCGGAUAUGCAUGGUGGUUUAUGUUUUAUUCUGGUGGACCACAUAUUACAUUCCAUCAAUUGACCAACUUUCACAAAUGCUCAACGCUCUUCCCUGAACUUGGAUGUGAAAUGUUCACAAAUGUCAUGUCCAAGAAGGCGACUACCAUGUCCCUCUCGAUUUUGGUUGUUGUUGAGAUGUUUAAUGCUAUCAACAGUUUGUCAGAGAAUGAAUCACUCCUAACAUUCCCACUAUGGAAUAACAUUUAUCUCGUUUUGGCUAUAACUCUGUCCAUGGUGUUGCAUUUCAUGAUUCUGUACAUUCCAUUCUUCACGAAUCUAUUCGCAAUAGUCCCACUAAACCUGGAAGAAUGGCAAUGGGUCUUGAUGAUUUCAUUCCCAGUCAUUAUUGUUGAUGAGAUAUUAAAGUAUAUCUCGAGAGAGUUUGUUAAUAAGGCGAGUGUUGCUCCUGUUGAUAAGAAACGGAACUAG